AUGGAAUUUUCCAAAACCUCCAUGUCUCUUUUGUUGUUCAUUUUACUUUCUUGCUCGUAUUUAAUUUCUCGCAUGACACUUCUUCAACGCAUUCCAUCAACAACAACCUUUCUGCCGAACCAACGAGCAGAAAAGCUCAUAAGAAGCCUUAACUUAUUUCCAAAGGAUCCGGUUAAUAUAAUACGCGAUCACUCUUUUGAUUUUGUCCCCGGAAAGAUUGUAGAGAAGAAGUUCUCCUUUUUUGGUGAAAAGCUUGGUCACCAUGUUGGAUACUAUUCGCUUCCUCGUUGCAAAGCCGCGAGGAUGUUUUAUUUUUUCUUUAAAUCGCGAAAUAGUGCUAAUGAUGACCCGGUUGUGAUAUGGUUGGCUGGAGGUCCAGGUUGCAGCAGUGAGCUAGCUAUAUUUUAUGAGAAUGGUCCUUUUCAAAUUGCCAAUAACUUGUCUAUUGUGUGGAAUGACUAUGGAUGGGAUAAGGCAUCAAAUAUUCUUUUUGUUGAUCAACCCAUUGGGACAGGGUUCAGCUACACAUCUGAUGAUAGUGAUAUUCCACAUGAUGAAAGCGCUGUUAGCAAUGAUUUGUGCGACUUCUUGCAGCAAUUUUUCAGUGAUCAUCCUGAGUUUGUUCAGAAUGACUUUUAUAUUACUGGAGAAUCGUAUGCUGGACACUAUGUUCCUGCUCUUGCUUCCCGAAUUCACCAAAGAAAUAAAGGCAAUAAAGGAAUUAUUAUAAAUCUCAAGGGUUUUGCCAUUGGGAAUGGAAUGACCAACCCGAUAAUUCAAUACUCAGCAUAUACACAAUAUGCAUUUGAUAUGAAACUGAUUACAAAGCAAGAUCAAGACAAUAUCAACAAGUUGCUCCCGCCCUGUGUGGAUGCCACAAAAAUUUGUGAGAGUGGAGAUAGAGAAAGUUGUGUGUUAGCUUUUGAUCAUUGUGAAGACAUAGUCAAUAGUAUCCUACUCAUUGUUGGCGACAUUAAUUUCUUCGACAUCAGAAAGAUGUGCAAGGGACCGUUGUGUUAUGACUUCUCGGACGUGGAGACACUUCUAAAUGAGAAGAUAGUUAGAGAUGCUUUAGGCGUUGGGGAGUUAAAGUUUGAUAUAUGCAGCAAAGUAGUAUAUCAGGCUAUGCAUCAAGAUUGGAUGAGAAACCUCGAAGUAGAUAUUCCAGCACUUCUUGAAGAUGGAAUUAAGGUUCUUAUAUAUGCCGGAGAAUUUGAUCUUAUUUGCAAUUGGCUUGGGAAUUCAAAUUGGGUUCAUGCCAUGGAGUGGUCAGGUCAAAACCAGUUUGUAACAUCAAAAACAGUUCAAUUUUUGGUUGAUGAUGUAGAAGCAGGAUUGUUGAAAAGCUAUGGACCUCUUUCUUUUCUUAAGGUGAAUGGGGCUGGACAUAUGGUUCCUAUGGAUCAACCAAAAGUCGCACUUCAGAUGUUGGUAAACUGGAUGCAAGGGAACUUGAAUGAGACAAGCAUUUAA